GAAAUAGUUCUGGUAGUAUUUUUUGGAACAGAAUAUGUUAUACGAUUGUGGUCUGCAGGAUGCCGGAGCAAAUAUGUUGGAAUUUGGGGAAGGUUUCGCUUUGCUAGAAAACCUAUUUCUGUUAUAGAUUUAAUAGUUGUUGUAGCCUCUGUUAUAGUCCUUUGUGUGGGGUCAAAUGGACAAGUAUUUGCAACAUCAGCAAUUAGGGGGAUCAGAUUUCUACAGAUCCUACGUAUGUUACAUGUUGAUCGGCAAGGUGGUACAUGGCGAUUGCUUGGAUCGGUUGUCUUUAUACAUAGACAGGAACUGAUAACCACACUCUACAUUGGAUUCCUAGGCUUAAUCUUUUCCUCUUAUUUUGUAUACCUUGCUGAAAAGGAUGCUAUUGACGGCUCAGGAGAAUACCAGUUUGGUAGCUAUGCGGACGCCCUGUGGUGGGGAGUAGUGACCGUUUUACAACCAUUGGUUAUGGAGACAAAGUGCCUCAGACGUGGAUUGGGAAAACAAUAG